GAGCAGCAGCGUUCGUUAACGCCAAAACAGGCAGCUCUGUGCUUUCGACAUCGACUUUCACGUGUGUUAGCGAGGCUCGGCCACGUCCUCUUCUGUAAAGCUGGCGUAAAUUCACCCAAGCAUUCGUGUGAUGUCUCGCCCAUCGUCACCUCGUGUCCCCACCGAAAGGUCGACAACCACAAUGCAGCCAGGGCUCUCGAAAAUCUCCACUGAUGAUCCUCACGACCUGCCUUACCUUCGAUCCGAGCCUCUCCCCAUUCCACAACUGCCGUCCUCAAAAAAUGGUUAUUCUUCUCCAUCAUCUCCCACCUCGCGUUCAUUAGCUCUCCACAAUGACUCUCCUCUUCGGGCUUCUCCAACUAGGGGCUCCCCUGUUGACCGCUCCCAGAAAAAAUAUGAUUUUCUGCGUCGUGGGUCGCAUUCUGCGUCUGGACACCCAGCAACAUUUUCAGGAGACGAAAUGACACCCCCCAACCCUAGCUGGCUCAGGGACCCGGCUAAUAACUCUACUGGCUCGUCUGAUGAGAGUGGUCCCGCUGGUACACGUUCCCCAAAUCCCCCUUCAUCUGCCUCGGGGCAUACAACCUCCUCUAUGAUGCCAUCGCAGACCUGCGCAGGGUGUAGCCAACCCAUGUCUGGUCAAUUCGUUAGGGCCUUAGGGACCGUUUAUCAUCUCGACUGUUUCCGUUGCAAGGACUGCAAUGAACCUGUCGCAUCCAAAUUUUUCCCCAUAGAGGGGCAAGACUUACGCCAGCAUCCUCUUUGCGAGCGUGACUACUUCAGACGGCUUGAUCUUUUAUGUGCUAAAUGCGACCAAGCCUUGCGGGGUAGUUACAUCACCGCGUGCAACCGAAAGUAUCAUGUCGAGCAUUUCACAUGUUCAGUCUGUCCGACGCUUUUUGGACCCCAGGACUCGUACUAUGAGCACGAGAAUGACGUUUACUGUCAUUUUCACUACUCAACACGUUUCGCGACGAAAUGUGUGGGAUGCAACAGCGCGAUCCUGAAGCAGUUUGUUGAAAUCAACCGAAAUUCGCGUGAUGAAUGCUGGCAUCCUGAAUGCUACAUGAUAAAUAAAUUCUGGAACAUCAAAGUUGCCUCGCGUGUGCAAAGUAUUGAGAUUCCUGAAGGGGAUCAGCCAUAUGAAGCUGAGGAACGGACCGAAUCACCUACGUCGCUUCGCGACAAGCAACAGCAGAUGGAGCAAAAGGUCGUGGGGAUAUGGACUUAUCUCUCGUCCUUCGAAGAGUCAUCCGCUGCCUGCAUAUCAGAUAUGCUCAAGCACGUUAGCAGCGGGCAUUACCUCGAAGCUAUCAAGAUGGCCGAGAAGUUUAUUCUCCACGUGGAAGUCCUUUUCGCUGCGAUUGACGAUUUGGAGACUCAUUUCGCGCGAGUCAACUCCAAGGGUAUCUCACAUGUUCGAGAGGCAAGAAUGCUGUGCAGGAAGACUGUAGAACUCUUUAACCUAUUGUCCCACACCGGCGAAGCCGGCACGACGUGGCGCAUGGGCAUGACGCAAGAGCUUCUGUCAUUAGUAACCGGUCUCGCUCAUUACCUCAAAAUCCUCAUACGGAUUGCUCUCACUGGAGCUCUGAAGCUGGAUCGCGAUUAUGGGAAGAAAGAAGCUCUCAUGGACUUUCUAGAUAAGCUCAAGAGUCUCGCUGCUCAAGGUGCAAACCCCUCCGCACGACGUACUAUCCGUUCCUCGCGGCCACGCGAAGUCGACAGCGGCAAUCCAAACACGUUUGUCUCCGGUACCGAGGGCGUAUCGUACGGAUAUAAGAGCCUGGCGCCAGAGAAUGCGGGUGAGUCCCCAUUCAUCGGAAGGACGAGUGGACCGAAUGCAACAAAUGGUUCGAUGUCAAUGAACCCCAGUGAUCUGUGCCUCGCUUGCCAAAAAACAGUCGAGGAAGAUUGCGUGCGCCUGGGUUCCUAUUACCGUUGGCACUCCCAUUGCGUGAAAUGCAUUGCCUGUGGGAGAACGGCUAGCGACCCUGUCCCUCCAAAGGAGACUAGGACCCCUACUCCGAAGAAUGGAGAGCAACCGGAUUCCAAACCUGCACCACCUCCGCGACGACCCCCGGCCAAAGUCAACGAGUUCUUGUUUGUAACUGAUGGGAGUGUGAAGGAGACCGAUAAGCGUCCUCCCAAGGCGAUAUGUUGUGUAAACCACCCAGUUCAAGGGAGUCAACUCGGCUUCGCACCCGUUUCUCGCCUUGAGCAGUUUGCAUUCCUUCUCAAUGUUGCACUCAGACGACUUUACCUUCUUCUCCUUCGUCGGGGACUCAUCCCUCCCACGUCGACCGUCACUGUCAUCGAGUCCUCUCAUCAUCAUUCGCCUUCUCGAGAUUCGAGUGACAUCAUGCGCAUGAAGACCGUUCACCUCGACCGGAAGUUGUCUGCGACGGCGCGACUUCCGAAACGUUCCACCAUCAUCGAGAGUCCUACGGGAAAAAUCGCUCAAUCGGCUGACGUACGUCCACAUGGUGCAUCUGUUAAUUCCAGUCAAACAAACCAGCCUGCUUCAUCUCAACUGCGGGAUAAGAAACCGAAGCUGCCAACGGUUGACACCAAUGUGGCUGGGCCAAAUCCUUCAGUCACCUCGCCAAUCCCCACUACUUCGCCAAAGACGAUCAUCCGACCACCCUUUGCUCGUAACAAUACGAACGUAGCCAUCAUUGAUGAUUCGAAACCUGAGGAUGAGCGAUCCGAAAGCGGGGUGAGCAAUGGUGCACGGACACUGACAAAUGGCUAUCCUGGCGUGCCCGGUCCAUUGGCGGAUGCCAAUCAAAGCGAGGAAGGCAUCACAUUAGGAGAUAUUCCGCAGAUGUUGGAGUCUGAACAGGCCCGCGAACAGCAUCGAUCUUUGCCUCGGCAAGCCGAUAAGGUUGCCAUCGCUGAACUCACACCCCUGGAGCUGUUUAUUGUGAAGCACUUUACAGUGCUAAUGUUACAACGGUCUUCAUUAAGAGACCACUUCGACUUGGAUGAGAUUCUUGAAUUGGUGGAGAUGAAGAAAUCCACAUUUUGGAACAAGAUCUUCAAAGGAGAUAAGAAGAAUAUCAAGAAGAAAGGCGUUUUUGGGGUUCCUAUUGAACUUCUUGUCGAACGGGAAGGCGUUGAUUCGCUGUUGGGAGCUUCUAGGGGCGCUCUGCAGAUACCAAGUUUCAUCGAUGAUGUAAUCUCCGCAAUGAAGCAGAUGGAUAUGUCAAUCGAAGGAAUCUUCCGCAAGAACGGGAACAUCCGUCGGUUGAAAGACCUUGCCGAUUCCAUCGACAGAGACCCUUCGUCCGUCGAUCUCACCUCUGACAACCCAGUGCAACUCGCGGCUCUGCUGAAGAAAUUCCUGCGAGAUUUGCCUGACCCCCUUUUGACAUUCAAGCUGCAUCGAUUAUUUAUUCAGUCUCAAUCAUUCCAAACCGAAGAUGAACGAAUACGUUAUCUGCAUUUAGUUUCCUUAUUACUGCCCAAAUCUCACCGUGACACACUGGAAGCCCUCUUUGUGUUCCUGAAAUGGGUCUCACUGUUUUCUCAUGUUGAUGAGGAAACUGGAAGCAAAAUGGACCUUCAAAACUUGGCGACCGUCAUAUGCCCCAAUAUUCUAUAUGCCAAAGGCCGAGAUGCAGCCCGUGAGGAGAGCUUCAUGGCGAUCCGAGUUGUGACGAUCUUGCUUGAACGCCAAGACGAAUUCUUCACUGUCCCUGAUGAAUUUUUACCCAUCUUGCAGGAUCAAGAAUAUUUUGCGAAUUGCAUGGACAUGCCUCCAAAGGAAGUCCUCAGGAAAUGCGAGACGUACCUUCGACUCAGGCAAAAUCGCCAAAGCGGUGGGGAACGCGGAUACAAUGGGGUCAAUGGUCAUACGCAACCUAUUAAUGGGGGCAGUGGUGGGAUCGGAACUAGAGGAGGAAGCAUUCACCAGAAACGGUCCGAUCCUGUAAUCCGGGGUCGUCCAGUUCCCCCAUUCGCUGGUGACCAGAACGGUGACACAUCCCGACGUUCACCUCGUUCUACGUCUCGGGGACCUCCAAGCACUCAAUCCCAUGGUCAUGCAUCAUCUCCAAACCUACACGAGUCAAGACAGUGGAUGCCAUCGAGCCCACCCAUGCCUACACGAUCUUCGGGCAUGACUAGCUCACAACAAGGGACCCCGAGGGCGUCGCAAAUCGAAAUUCAUGCCCCUACACCAACAUGGGCGGAUAAAUCGCAGUCUCGACCUCCAUCUGUCCAGACGCGGGGAAGCAUGGAAUUAUCUCGAGGACCAGGAUCUUACGACCGCCAUCGUGCCCAUUCGCCAGUAGAUCAUCUGCGAGCAUGAUUCUAGCCCUAUUUUACAUUCUUUGUUCUCUUCCUCUUUUCAUUUUGGUCUUAUUCUCAGUUAUUCAACUUGCUUUCAUAUGUUUCCCCUUUACCGUUCUUCCCUCUUUAUUGUGACAUUCUUUAUUUGCGGGACAUUUGCUGCGUUGUUUUUUUCUCGUAUGAGUUAUUCGCUCGAUAAGGUACUCUCACACCAAAGUUCGAUUGUUUGAAAUUUUUUUAUUGCGUCUUCAACCCUCCCAGCAUACAUUUCUGUAUUAUCAGUACAUAUUAUGUAUACAAUGACGUAGGUGCAUUCUGGUUCAGUUCAACAACGAAUUAAGUUGCAAAU